AGUUGGAAUUUGAUAUUUACAUGAAUUUGGUUUAAAAUGUCGGCGUUCAUGGAAGAAACAAAGUGCUUGCUGCCCCGGAUCGCCUUCAUAGCAUGCGGCUGCUUCAGUCCGCCCACGCCUAUGCACCUCAGAUUGUUUGAGAUAGCCAGGGAUCACUUUGAGAUGCAGGGGACGCACAAGGUGGUGGGCGGCAUAAUCUCACCCACCCAUGACUCAUAUGGAAAGAAGGGGCUGGUUUCAUCGCUGGACCGCUGCGCUAUGGUGAAAUUGGCCGUUCAGAGCUCCAACUGGAUACGGCUAUCCGACUGGGAGGUGCACCAGAGCCAGUGGAUGCGCACACAAUCUGUUCUGCAGUACCACCAGAACUUCAUGAACAACUACAUCAACUCUCCCUCUGGUGCCGGAGAUGCAGAGCCAAACGGUGCCCUUCCCGGAUGGCUUCCCACAACCCUGCGAGAGCGCAGCGAUCCAGUGCAACUAAAGCUGCUGUGCGGGGCAGACUUACUGGAGUCCUUUGCCGUGCCUGGUCUCUGGGAAGAUGCCGACAUUGAGGAUAUUGUGGCCAACCAUGGCCUGGUGGUCAUUACUCGCUGCGGAUCCAAUCCCGAUAAGUUUAUAUUUAAUUCGGACAUUUUAACCAAAUAUCAGCGAAAUAUUACUCUGAUUACUAAUUGGGUGGCCAAUGAAGUGAGCUCCACGCUGGUGCGACGUCUUCUGAGUCGCGGCCAGUCGGUGAAAUAUCUCAUAGACGACCUGGUGCUGGAGUACAUCAAGCGUCAGCGAUUGUUCAACGUUAAAUCGCAGGAUGCACCGGCACCGCCCGGGGGCGACUCUUGACGCGUACUGCAGCAGCAGCAAGCGCAGAAGCAGAAGCACAAGCCGCUCUACCAUCGUCACAAUCAGCACCUACCACCCACCCACCAGCACCACACGCAAAUAUCUCAAGCCCUUCCAAUGCAGUGGCGUCUCUUCAUGGAGUGUGAGUGAGCCCAAGCAGAGAAAAACAGAAAUAUUCAAGUUCCUUUUAGCGCAAUUUGCAGUAUGGCUUUUGCAUGUAUAUAAUGUACACUAUAUAUAUCUUAUUUAUUGUGGCAACCCAUCCGCCCCUGUUCGUGCCACGAACCUAACUCUUACACCUGUUAAUACCCGCAAUAUAUAUUGUAUAAUCCUUGAGUUGAGAUCCUUGGUGGUCAGUGUACGUAUCAUUUACUUACACCAAUUUUGCAAUUCUGCCGCUGGGCAUAUCAAAUGUAUUUCCCAUUAAACUAUAACCAAACCUU